CAGCCAACCCUGUUGACAUGGUUGACGUGUUGUCAUUUUGUCAAUGUAGUGCUAGUGUGGAGACGCCGAGGCCACUACAUUUCCUUUCUCAUGAACGAGUGGGAAACAGGCUGUGCUCCCAACCUGAUUACAUGUCGAUUAUCAUAAUUCUUAUUGUGUUUCUCUGAGGAGAACACGAAUGUCGUGUCAGUAAGGUGCGGUACCAUACUCCAUAGAGCAAUUAAUUCUCUCGCUCACAAGCUGUACACACGCGGUUGGCAUACAUCCUCAGACCAUACCAACUCAGGGAGAGCCGCUAGCGGUUUGGCCAAUCGCCAGUGCUCGUGAAUGCUGCUCAGCCGAACAAUUGUUUCCUCGCUAUUAUUACUGCCUGGUAUCGUUGCCAGAACCUGAUCCCCACUGCGUACCGGGCAUCCAGUGACUGCGUGCAGUGUGCAGUCCCCUGAAUUCCACAGACGGAAUCAAGCUUCUACCUUCACACACAGUUACAAAACACACAGGUGCUUCGCCGCCGCUGCGAUGGCGCAGGCGAAUGAAUUCGAGGUGUUCGAGCCCAUACAACGACGGCGGAAGUCCCAUGGCCAUGGUCAACGAGGAUCGCGGACCCGUGAUUCGAACGGUGACUCGUACCCUCGUCUGGUUUGUCCUUCGGAGUACGGUGGAAAACCGGAUCGAAAGGGGCGAGGAGGAGGCCAUCGGCCACGAGAUGGGAGCGGGCCAUCAGACAGUACAACUCUGGACGCGAAGGAUGUGGCCCGAGAGCAGGUCGACGUAGCUGUGGAGAGACUGAAGCAGCGGCGACGAAGUCCUGCCCUGGAAGAAGAGCGCUACCUGGAAGAGGUGAAGCCACUCAGCAGAAACGCAGCGAAAACCAGAAACGUAUGGAGCGGGAAAGCUGCUGACUUGCACCAGCUGCAGAGCACAGCCACGGACAGCAACAAACAGCCAGCGCUGUCGGAGGCACCACCGAUUCCACCCCGACAGCGCCAGCAUCAGCUGCAGGAGGAGGAUCACGCCGCCUCGUCCAUGAGGCACUACCCUCCCGUGGAGAGGCCAAGCGAUCGCCGCAGCAGCACCUCGGUGUGGAGCAGCGCCUCAAGUCGUCACAGCAGCGAUAGUCUGGACUGUGAGCAACCACCGUCAUUACCUUCACGUGCACUGCCGCCACAAUCCAGUAUAACUAGCAGUGCAACGAGCAGUUCGUCACUGUCAUCCGCCUCUCCGCGAGUGGCGACGUCCAACGCCAGUAUCUCCCGGUCCGUAGCAAGCACAGCGGCUGAGCCGUUGUGGAAUUACCCCCGUCGGAUAAGUACUCCAUCGGCAGCCGGGUCGGACAGGUCCGUAUCGCACACACGGUCACCAUCACCCCGUGUGGCCCUGGACCCUCGGUAUGACGUGCUGUGGAGACUGCGCAAUGAGGCAAAGAAUCAGCAGCAGCGUGAAGACCUGCAGCAGAAUCGCCUAACAGACCCGGACCACCGUGUGGCUGCAGCGUACGACUCGGAUUCAUCAUUACCGCCGGCUGAAGUGUACCUGCCUGAUGCAGAGCAGCGCAACCAGGCAUUCAUGAGCCAAUCGCACAGCAACGGAGAAGACGGUCCGCCACAUGUCUCACUGCACAAGGUCAUGAAUGAGCUCUUGCAAUGCCGUUUCUAUUUUGGAAGUUUCAGUGGCCAAGAAGCGAUGGACCUUCUAUCCACCAUGUCUGACUGCAGUUUCUUAGUACGUAACAGCGAUGAUAGCAGGUCACUAUUUGCAGUUACGUAUCGCACUGAAGGCAGGACUGGAUCAACACGUAUCCAGUACAGAGAUGGACUGUUCUCGCUGAACUUUCAGGACACGCGGCUGCCCAAGUCUCCCAGCGUGGUGGAUCUGAUCAAGCGCUGCAUGGCGAGAUCGAAGCGUGAGCCUGUCUGUAUGGUGUACAUCAACGACAGGCAGCACAUCGUGUAUCUGCGGCGUCCGCUGAUCAUCCCCGACUACUCGCUGCAGCAGCUGGCCCGUCAGGCCGUGCACAUGCACUACACACGCGCCGAUCUGGAGCGACUGGAACUGUCCGGCUUCAUGAAGCUGUACAUGCUGUCAUGCCCAGCCAGGCCUGAACCACGCCAAAUCCAGGCUAUUCGCGAUGGCCAAAGCGCCUGGAGACUACGCAGUGACAACGGCGAUGACGGAGAGGAGAGCGAUGACGGUACCGAAGUCUGACCAUGUUAAGUAGACAAACUGAACUGUGCUUCAACAGUGUGGUGCGUGCUUGUACCGAUUCUCCGUCUUGCGAUGUGUCAGUGACCCUUUCUCAAGUAGCAUGCUGUCGUUGUCAUAGUUGAGAUCACAAACCCUGGUCAGUUCUGCCUGGUGUUUCAUGCAGUGUUUCGUAGGUUUCUCUUUAACAAUGUAGCUUGUAUUUGACCUUUUCCCAUUUUAGCUCUGGUUCCAUCUCCAUUUUACUUUGAUUCGUUCCACGGUAGUUUUAUAUAGAGCCCCGGCCGUGAAGCGUCCAACAAGCGGUCUAGUUACUCCUUCCACUUUCCUUUGGUUAUAGAGUAUUCCCGGUACGAUGUUCCAUUCAUUCUGUGUGUGCGCGCGCGCGCGUGCGUGUGUGCGUCUGCUUCUUUGUUGUUGUUUUUUUAUGGGGUCCUGCAACACGCUUGCAGGUGCCAUUAUACUUUGAGGAGCCCUCAGCUCUAUUUUCCAACCCAUACACUUGAUCGUCGCAGUAAAACCUGUAUACUAUUUUAUCACCACCUAGUGUUUGUAGGGUUUUUUUGUCUUUGUCAAAACUCCUGUUGAGAUGAGAGAUUGGCGCAAGCUUUGCCAAAUAAUUUCUCAGUUGUGUUUCUACUUUAUACUGACGGACUCUUCUUUGCACGACUCUGAGCUGUGGAAGGAGAUUGAAAUCAUAA